AUGUUUCACAAGGUCAGACGAAUAAAAGGCCGUCGGAGGUUGAAAAGUAAACAGAAGAAGGAAUUUGCUGAGUCCAAAACUGAAGAGAAAGUAGAUGCGGGGGACACCAUAGAUGGAGGCGUGGCAGGGUAUGAGUCAGCUGAUACAAGAGAGGCGGUUGCUACACCACAGACAGGUGAUGGGCAUUCAAGAAAGAGGAAACAGAAAGGUGACAAUGUCGGAAAUACGACUAAGAAGACGAAGAGUGGACAUGGUGGACAGGUGGUUUCAUCGUUGUUCAGAUACAAUCCGGAUAUACCUAAAGUUGUCAGCUCGAAAGUAACAGAAUUGAAAGAAGAUGUGUUUUCAUCAGAUUCCUUCAGUCAUCUCUCUCUCAACCCCUUCAUGGUGAGAUUGUCAUUACCUUGUUAACAUGGUGGGAUUGUAAUUGGCUUGUUAACAUGGUGAGAUUGUCAUUGGCUUAACAUGGUGAGAUUGUCAUUAGCUUAACAUGGUGAGAUUGUCAUUAGCUUAACAUGGUGAGAUUGUCAUUAGCUUAACAUGGUGAGAUUGUCAUUAGCUUGUAAACAUGGAGGGAUUGUAAAUGGCUUGUUAACAUGGUGAGAUUGUCAUUAGCUUGUUAACAUGGAGAGGUUCAAAUACUGAUGUCGUCAUGGUGAGAUUGUCCUUAUGAUGUUGAUAUGGUGAGAUUGCCUUUAUGAUGUCUUCAUGGUGAGAUUGUCAUUAGGAUGUCAACAUGGUGAGAUAAUGCUGAUGUCACAAUGGUGAGAUUGUAAUGGUGAGGUUGAAAUACUGAUGUCGACAUGGCGAGAUUGCCCUUAUGAUGUUGAUACAGUGAGAUUGUCAUGAUGUCGUCAUGGUAAGAUUGUCAUUAGG